AUGUCGGCGGAUUCAACUAUUCCCAACUUCCGAAUUUUGGUAGUCGGUGCUGGGGGUGUAGGAACACUGGUCUGCGUCGCCUUGGAAAGGUCCCUACAAGCGUCCGUAACAGCAGUUUUACGAUCCAAUUUUGAUCAGGUCAACAGACAUGGGUUUGAGAUAGAAUCCAUUGAUCACGGAAAACUGUCUGGUUGGAGACCUAGCGCAGUUGUGAAUUGCAUACCCUCGGCUGACCCCUCUGAGCCUUUUGAAUACAUUGUGGUCACUAUGAAGAAUGUCCCAGAGACCACCGACUUACCCUCUAUUAUUGGGCCGGCAGUUAAACAGGGCUAUACUACCAUUGUUUUGAUACAAAACGGUCUGUAUAUCGAAGAAACUAUUGCCCAAGCGUUUCCCGCUUGCGUUAUACUUUCUGGCGUAAGUUACGUCAGCGCUCAUGAACGCAAUGGACAUGUCGUGCAAGAUAGUCGUGACCGCCUCGCUCUUGGAGCCUACCAUAGCCCUAGUUUGGACAACGAGUAUGAGAAUUCAAAGCUAAGGGAGUUCUCGUCCAUCUAUGGAGCCGCGAAAGUCAAGGUUGAAAUCGUGGAGGAUAUCGUUCUUUAUCGGUGGCGGAAAUUGCUGUGGAAUGGGACGUUUAAUACGAUGUGUGCUAUUACCCAGCUUGACACUAGUGCAAUCCGAAGGUUUGGUGAGCAUACUAUGAUUAGGCCAGCUAUGACUGAAAUGGCGGCAGUUGCAAAGGCGGAUGGCUACGACCUGGGAGAUGAUAUCGUGGAUGUGAUCAUUGACUCGAUUCCGGAAGGACUAUCCAUUCGUCCCAGUAUGCUUGUUGAUAUCGAUAAAGGAAAUCCAAUCGAGGUACAGGUGAUAUUGGGUAACGCUCUGCAAAUAGCAAGGAGAAGGGGGGUUCAGACCCCUAUUCUAGAUAGCACUUACCAGUUUCUCAAGCUGAUACAAGCCAGACUCCUAGCUGCGCGAGAGUACUUAAGUGCUUCUAUAGAAUCUUCCCAUCGCUGA